AUGUCUUCGGUAGUUGGUGUGGAUUUGGGAUACCAAAACAGCGUGAUUGCUGCGGCGGGACGGGGUGGCGUCGAUGUCAUUCUCAACGGGAAUUCCAACCGUUUGAAUCCGUCCAUGGUGGGCUUUGACGAGAGUCGCAAGAUGGGUGAACUCGCCACGUCCGGAGCCUCGAGUAAUUACAAGUACACCGUGACGGCCAUGAAGCGCUUGAUCGGUUUGGCCUUUGACGAUCCCGUCGCGACGCUGGAAAUGCAGCGUCUGCCGCUCCAGUUUUGUCGUGUUCCGCACGCGGACGGCGUCGACUCGAUUGGCGUACAAACGUCCAAGGACCCCGACGCGAACGACAGCGCGACUACCGUCGUGCCCAUGGAAGCCGUGGCCGGAAUGAUGGUCCGACACAUGGGGACCAUCGUGGCGCAAAAGAUCGCGCAAGAGACCAACACGUCCGUGGAAGCCAACAUGCCGCAAGACUGGGUAUUGACCAUUCCCUCCUACUACACCGACGCACAACGUAGAGCCUUGCUCGCGGGGUGUGCCAUGGUGGGACUUACCGGUGUCCAACGACUCCUGCACGAAACCACCGCCACGGCCCUCGCCUACGGGAUCUUCAAGGAUCUCAAGAAGGAGUUCCAGGCGGAUCAACCCACACACGUGCUCUUUCUCGAUAUGGGCGCCUCGGCCUACACCGUAUCGCUCGUGGCCUUUGAACCGGGCAAACUCAUCGUCAAGAGUACCACCGGGGACGCCAAUCUCGGUGGACGCGAUUUCGACUGGAUGAUCGUUACCUGGAUGGCGAACAAAUUUGCCGAAAAGUUCGGAGCCAAGCUGUCCGGCAAUCCACUCGAUCGUCCCAAAACGGUUCUCAAACUCCUCGCCGCCGCCGAAAAGGCCAAGAAAACACUCAGUCCGCAGGGCGUCAAGGAAGCCCGCAUCAAUCUAGAAAUGCUCAUGGACGAUUUGGAUUUUAGCAUUACCCUAACGGCAGCCGAGUACGAGCAAAUGUGCGAACCACUCCUGGCGCGCUUGGAAGCUCCCAUUGUCCAGGCCUUGGCCGAAGGCAAGCUCACGGCGGCCGAUUUGCACUCGGUCGAAAUUGUGGGUGGUUCGACCCGUAUCGGUUGCGUCAAACGGGCCCUCACGGGAUUCCUCACCAACAGUGGCGCCGGCGCGGCCGCCACGGAACUGCUCUCCACGACGCUCAACGCCGACGAAGCCGUCGCCCGCGGCGCGGCCCUGCAAUCCGCUAUUCUCUCACCCCGAUUCAAGGUCCUCCCCUACGACAUUCACGAAUUCCAAGCCUGGCCCAUUCAACUGCGUUGGGACGAGGACGCCAACGACGAGGCACAAGGCAUGGAAGUGGACGCCACCACGGGGGCCCAGCCGACCAACGCGGUCGUCAUGUUCGACCGCGGUUUGUCCUUUCCCAUUGUGCGUCGUGUGACAUUGAAACGCAACCAGGGAACCUUCGCCGUGCAGGCGGAAUACAACGAAAAGGCCCUCGAGUACGGUUUGCCGGCGUCGGGGAACGCGAUUGCGACCUUUUCCGUGCAGGCGCCCAUAUCCGAAGAAGCCAAAAAGAUUCGCGUCAAUGUCAAACAGGAUAUUCACGGUAUCAUCCAACUGAGUUCGGCACAAAUGGUGGAAGAGAUUGCCGACGAGGAAGAACCCGAGUCGUCGGGUGCUGCACCCCUCAAGGACGGUGAGGAAGCCGCCGCUCCGGAAAACAAGAAGAAAAAGGUCAAAAAGACCAAUUUAGUGUUUACUACGACGCGUCCGUUGGAUUGGACCGAGGCCGAAAUCCAAAAGGCGUACCAGGCCGAACUGGCCAUGGCGCUCAAAGACAAACUCGUGCAGGAAACGUCGGACAAACGUAACGAACUCGAGUCCUACAUUUACGAUAUGCGGGACAAGAUUGGUUCAGAAUCGGCUCUGGGAUCGUUCGGUACCGACGCGGAAAAGGCAGCCUUUAUUACCCAAAACGAGGCGAUGGAGAAUUGGUUGUACGAGGACGGGUUCGACGCGAGCAAGGAAACGUACGCUACCAAACUGAAGGAAUUGCAAAAAUUGGGCAGUCCCAUGGAGCGCCGUCAGGCCGAACAAGAAGGUCGGCCGGCGGCCGUGAGUACUUUGCAGCAGAGUCUGGAAAAGUACCAGAAUUGGGUCAACCAGGAAGCGACGGACGAGGCCUACGCACACAUUACCGACGAUGAACGUCAGCGUGUCCAGAGCAAAUGUGACGAAAUCAGUGCCUGGAUGUACGACAUGUUGGAUCAACAGGGUGCUCUUCCCAAUCAUCAGGACGCGGUUUUGACCGUGUUUGAUUUGCAGGCCAAGAACAAGGACUUGAUCGAUACCUGUGGACCAGUCUUGCGCAAGCCCAAGCCGGCGGCGCCGAAAAAGGAGCCCGAACCCGCGGCGCAGCCGGAAGGCGAAGCCAAGACGGCCGACGAGGUUCCUCCCCCCGAGCCCAUGGAGGGAGUCGAAGAAAGCGAAGCGAAACCGGCCGAAACUAUGGAGACGGAUUAG